GAGGUCGAGGUCCUCUGGGCAUUCUGGGAGUCCCGUGCAGGACACCAUCGAAAUGCGGCGUCGAGUUCAUUGCAAUCCCCUGCGUCGACGGAUUCCCCGACGACACAGUUUGUCAAGACGGAUGCAUAUUUGGCCACAGAGAUAUUCACCACGGUUCCGGACAU